AGCCGCAGGACAAAGGCGUGAUGACGACCACAUCUUUAUCCCAAAUGGAAAAAAAAUGGGCCAAGAAAAAAUCCUUCCCACCCGUUCUUCCCUCCUAUUUGGCCGUCGUCGGCCCUGUCUCCGGCUCCCCCCCACCUCGUUGCUUCCUUUCUGUGGCGAUGUCGGCAGAUGCGAGAAGGAGAUUCUAAGUGCCUGAUUCAGCUAGAAAGACAUCAAAACUCUUAGACUUGUGUUCAGUUUAAGGAUUCUCAACAUGAAGUUUCUCGAAUACACUCCUUUAGACAGUAUAAAUCUUUUCCUCAAUCAUUUGAAUCUUGGAGAAAGUACUAUCAAGGGGAAUCUUGAAGCAUUCUCAUGUAAACAUACAGGGACUGACCGAAAGCUCUCGCUUAGCUUAGAGCAUGAGAUUCUUGACUACCUUGGGCAAUCUUCUGAUAGCGACCCUUCAUCUCCUGUGGAGUAUUUGUCUAGUAGAUCAAGUCGGAGAACAUUGAUAUAUCUGGUUCUUACUCUUAGUCAUAUGUAUCCAGAUUACGAUUUCAGUGCAAUACGAGCCCAUCUGUUUUUCAGAGAAGAAGAGUGGGAGACUUUCAAGCAGAUAUAUGACACCUACUUGUUUGAAGCAGCUAGGGAAUGGGCUAUAGCUCAUGGAGGUUGUUCCCUUCUGGAAAGCAUGACCAAGGCCAUUGAUGAGGUCGUAAAACUGAAUGAGUGUGAGAUCUACAGCUACAACCCAGACUUUGAUGGGGACCCUUUCCUGGAGAAGGGAGCUAUAUGGUCGUUCAAUUUCUUUUUCUAUAAUAGGAAGCUGAAGCGGGUUGUCAGCUUCCGGUGUUGUUGCAUAAGCAACCUGGCAACAGAGGGCUUUCUUGCUGAUGAGAUGUUCGGCGAGGAAGAAGAGGAGGACCUGUUCAUUGGCAUGGAUAUGUGACCUGCUGCAUGUGAUGUAUGUACAUAAUGACCAACCCUGGAAACAUCCUCUGCUGUAUAAACAAGCUUAGGUACACUUUUGUACAGGUGGUCUGUGGAUAAGCAAGAUCGUCUAACUUUAUCCGGUCAUUGUUGCUGUUGCCUGUAUCAGUUAGAUGUUAUAGGAUUAAGUAGGCUUUUCGAGUGCUGACAUUUAGAACUCCGCAAUAUGUUAUCCCGUGUACUUGUGGUAAACCAGACAGUUGGAAUUAAUGACUGGGACCAAUUUUUGAAGGGGUAAGCAUUCU